AUGGAAAAACCAGAUGAAAGUGGAUUCAAUCAAUUGAAGGGAUCGUUUACGCGUGAGGAAACAAGGAGGAGUUUUUCUCAUUCUCAGAAAGAGUCGAACAAGGAUGUGUCGCCUGUAGAGGAUGAUGAAAGUGCGACAGCAGAGGAUGUGGAUGCACAGGAGACACGCCAAAAGAGGUUUACGUCCUCCCUACAAGGGAAUCGGUUUGAAGAAUUGCGACGUUUGCGUGAUAAGGAGCGUGAAGAUGCUAUCCAGAAGGGAUUAAUUGACGACCCUUCCAAACCAAGGCAACUGGAUGAAGCGGUGACCUUUAUAGGUACCUGCCAAGACAUGUGUCCUGAAUAUGAGCGUGAACAGCGUGAAUAUCAAAACAAUUUAGAACGAUGGGAAAUAAAUCCCGAAACUGGCCGUGUCGACAAAAACCUGGCAGUCAAAGCUUUUCAUCGUCCUGCUGCAGGAAACGAACAGGCGCUUCCUUCUGAUGUCCGUCCUCCUCCCGUUUUAAAGAAAUCACUUGAUUACUUAAUUGACAAAAUCGUCUGCGGACUUUAUCCUUUGGACUCGACCCACUUUUUCGUGCGUGACCGAACACGCUCUAUUCGCCAAGACUUUACCUUACAAAACAACCGAGGGUUAGAAGCCGUGGCUUGCCAUGAACGGAUUGCCAGGUAUCAUAUUCUUUGUUUACAUCAAUUGUGCGAAAAGAAAAAUUUUAGUUCACAACAAGAAGUGGAGCAGCUUCGAAAGGUUUUGCAAUCCUUAUGUGAAUUUUAUGACGACCUUCGAAAAGAAGGUAAAUCCAGUCCUAAUGAAGCUGAGUUUCGAUCUUAUUCCAUCAUUACGCAUCUUCGUGAUCAAGAUGUUGUUCGACAGUCUCAAAAUUUGCCUAUCGAUAUCUUCAAUGAUCCCCGUGUACAGUUGUCCUUACGACUGUCAGCCCUUGCUCAAAAAAACAAUGAGCGGGUUGGUCACUUACUUCCCUUAAAUACGGAAGCUACUCCGAAUUUGUAUACUAGAUUUUUUAAACUUGUCAAAUCUCCCUCUGUGACGUACUUGAUGGCAUGCUUGUUAGAAUCCCACUUUACAUCUAUUCGAAAAGGUGCCAUCAAGGCCAUGCGCAAAGCCUAUAUGUCAGUUCAUGCGAAAUUCCCUUGUGUUGAUUUGCAGCGAAUACUCCGGUUUGACACUAUAGGUAAUGUUUUCGACUUUUGCGAAUAUUAUGCUUUGGAGGUUUUUGAAGAAAACGGAGAACCAGUUGUAAACUUAAACAAGGUUGGUUAUUUCGAUGACUCAAAGCCUGAUUCAAUGCAACGCUUUUCCCACGCAUUGGUUGAAUCUAAAUUAAACAAUCGCUCUUUUGCUGCUAUAAUAAAUGGAGAUACUGCCCCGAUAGGGGAGACGAAAUCUCCCGUUUCGAAGGAAAUAAGGCCGAAAUUUCCUGUUAGUAAGCCAACGUUUAAUGUUGAAAAUCCGUCUGUUGCCGGGGAAAAAGGCAGUAACUCAGUUUUGUCUAGAGGGAAACUUAACAUACAUGCACCCACUUUCACCCCCAGCUUUUCUUUUUCUGUCCCCAAAACACCUUUGAAUGCUGAACUUUUUAGGUCCAGUGAUGAGUCAUUACCUUCCGGUGCAGAAAAAGCGCUGAAGCCCUUACCGCCUCCAAGCAUAAAAAAGCCUACUCCUCUUGAAAGAAAACCGGUGUUUUCUUCAAAUGAUGUAAAUUUGAUAUUUCGAUCCAUAGUGGAGCGUACGUUGACUCCGUUAUGUGGCCGGAUAUGCAAAGAAGUUUACGAUGAAUUUAUAAGCGAAACCUCCCAAACAAUUUAUAUGUCAAUGGUAAAGGAUUUAAUACGCCUCUCCAGUUUAGAGGCUCUCACUGUUGAAACCCACAACAGCACCAUAAAAGCAAGGGCAUUUAGUCGUAUAAAACUGAAAGCUCAACAUUGCUGGCUUGAAAAACGAAAACGCGAAAUUCAACGACUAAAAGAACAACAGCAGCAAGAGCACUAUAAAGCUGUUUUGGGUACUUUACUUGGAAGCUCAUGUCUGAAUAGUCGUAGCGCACAUGGUACGCGUGUUUUCAGUGGAGACUAUAAUAUAAAAAAUGAAUUAGCAUCUGAACAGAUUAGACAGGAACAUGAUCGGAUACAGAAAUUUUGGAAGGAAGAAGACAUAGAUUCUUUCUUUAACUUGUUAAGCAAACACGAUUUAAGCUCGCCGUGGCAUCUAUUGAUUUUUAGCGCAUCGAAUAAGCCAUCUAUUUAUCGCUGGUUCAGGUCGAAACUAGGUCUCAAGUGUUCAUCUAAUCCUUCUGUUUGGAGCUUAACUCGCAGAAUUUUGAACAGGGAGUAUACCUUACUAAUGCCGGAUACUAUACUGGAUUUGACUACGCAGCGGAUGUGUUACGGAGCCUGCGUUUAUGACAUGGGUUUGGUUGAGGAUAGUGUUUGCAACUCUUCAUUGAUAUGUAGUGGUAACGGUCGGAAUCCGGAAAAGUAUAAAUUGACAGAUCCUUUAAGAGAUAAUCUUUUCUCUUUUUUACGAGUUGUUUCUGAUCGCACAACGACGAAGUUUCCUCUUUUGCUAGUCAUGUGGACAAAAAGUAAUUAUACCCUAAAAGACUAUGUCGAACGAUUAAGAUUCAUGGACAUCAUUACCUCUUCAUGGUCGGCAGUCAGCAGCAUUCACGUGUUAACCAUAAGGGCUGUUGAAGACGCCACUUUGGGUGAAAGCCUCAAGUUGCUGUCAUCCAACGUUACUUCUGAACAUUCACCUUCAUUUCAAGUCGAGCAAGUUUCUCAAAAUAAUAGAAAGAGAGAAGCUGAGAUUAGAGUAAACAGUAUGCGCAAAAAGCGGCCGCUUAGAAGAACAAUACCUUCGUUUGAGGAGGAGAUUACGGGCAAUCACGAUGAUAUGUCUUAUGUACUAUCCAAUGCAAAAGACGAGACGGAUGAAUUAACGUUACUGCGUGAGAAAAUAAAAAAGGCGCAAGAAGUUUUAAACAAGGUGCAAACAACAAAAUGA